UAGGUAGUUGGCAUAUGUUUGAAAGGACUCUACGAUGAUGGAGGAAGCAAGUUCGAGCCGCGACGUAAUAGUUAUUCCGCCCGGAAAACAGCUACGGUUUCGAUGUAAGUUUGAAGGGUGCCUGAAGAAAACGAGUCUUUCCAUUGUUUCUGUAAUGGAUCAUGUCGCAGCACAUUUCGCUCGACAAGAAGGCUCAGAUCGCAUUUUCAAUUACUACUGCAGAAAGUGCGGAGUACGUUUUUUCUUGAAAGGGAUGUGUUUGAGAUGUAAAUGCAACGCAAGAGGCGAUGGAGAGCAGUUCAUAUCGCUCAAAAGUGGGAUCACUCUCGAAGACAUGAAGCGAGAAACGAGCUUUUUUGCGUUUGCACAUAAAUGGAUAGCACCUGUGCUGGAUGACAUGCCGGGUGCGCCACCCGCGAGUUCGGUUGGACCUCAAACAUCAGCGAGCUUGGAUGAAGUUGUCAAGGAACACGGACCUGUUCCAAUUCCUCAAGGAAGAGUUCGAGUGGCAUCGCGAACACCGCUGCAUUAUCCGCAAGGGGUGCAAUACUAUGAUGAUGAAGAAAAGCUGCAGUUACCCGGAAACUGUCCUCCUUUGCCUCAGAAUCGCAGUGGUAGAUCUGCGUCGAACUUCGUAAAAGAGGGAAAUUCAGUCAUCCGCAUGAAUGAAGAUGGCGAAAAUCGAGCGGUGAAAAAAUGGAAUAGUUCUGUGCGCAAACCGCAUUUGUUCAAUAACGAUCUCUCACGCUCGGAAGUUUUGUCCAAUCAACCCAGUGCCCAUCCUUCUACAUCCAAUUGCGAGGCUCAGCCACAGAGACCACUGCAGGAGAUUGUCGUGAAAGUGGAGGAAGAACAGCAUAGCGAACCGUGCUCAAGGGCUGAGGUGUCUUCUCCCGAUCUGGCCGCGAAUAUCACUACAUUCUCGUCGUAUGCGGCUACAGCUGCUCAUACAAAUCAAGCUUCUCCAUCACCGCCGUCUGCUCAGAAUUUACCAUUUUUGCUGGACGUUCAUGGAAACACUAUUAACGACCAUCAUCGUGUUUUGCUUCCUCCGCCGCCUCCACCUCCACCAUUAGAUGCGAAGGAGUCCGCUUCACAGUCCAAAUCCGAGCAUUCUUCAACGACAGCUCAAUGUGAUAAGAAUGCUAAGAAACGUUCUGCUACAACGGUUCGAAUGCUCAAUAAAAAGAGCAGACAAGAUGGGCUUCGGGAGGAGAAUCCUUCUUCUCCGCGCUUGUCGCGACGGCAGUCGCGUAGUCCUCGAAUUCAUGGCUCGAAGACCCCAACCCACGAACAGGUAAAGUCGGGACCAAGAACACCAGAUCCGCACAUCUUAUCGGACAGCUGUAUUAGUCCUCAAUUAGAGAAUGAGACGACUGGUUAUCCAGCACCAAGUAAUGCACAUCACACCACCGCUUACGCACCGCCUGUGUCUUUGGAGAGUAAUGCCUCAAGCUCUGCACUUGAGAUUCCUUUACCUGCUUCUCGAACCCUUGGCAGUGGCCCAUCAACUUCAGCUGAUAUCAAAGAAGAUGAAGAAGAUGUGUACAAUGGACCUCGAAAUGUUCAGGAAAGUAGUGGUAUAGUGAAUGCUCCUGAUGAGGAAGGAGAAAUAGAUCAGACGUCGAACAACCGGCCCGAUGCGCUGCCUCCUCCGCCUUCAUUCCCAUUUCCGUUCUUUCCUCCGCCGUUUCCACCGCCACUUUACCCCUAUAUGAUGCCUCGUCAGUUUCCGAUGCCACCGCAUCCUUUUCCCAUAUACAAUCAGUUCGGACUGCCUCUUCAAUCUGGAAUGCCUUACCCCGAACCAUUAGCACAAGGAACACCGCCACCCGGAGUGCCGCAGCCAAGACCAGCAUCUGCGCCAUCGCUGGGUAUGCCACCCAUCGCUUACCCCCAUCCCUACCACCUAAUGUACUACCGACCUUCAUAAAAAACCCUUCUCUACUAUCCGAGUACUUUCCCACUAAUUUUCUGAAUGCCAGACUUAUUUUACGUGGUAGUCUGAUAAUAUUCUGUAGAAGUUUUUGCUUUGAUUUGGAUCAUGUGGUGUUCAUGACUGCAUCAUGGCCAACCUGAUACAGUCAAGUCAUUUAAGAUUUUUUCUUUUUUCCUCCGUUAGGUC